AUGGCCAAAAACAACUAUGCCUCCAUUAUAGACAAUAACGACACAUCUGCCUCCUCCAUCUCCUCUAUUCCUGCAUUGUCUGUCUUUUCAGACAUUGGCGCUUCGUUAGAUGAGCAAAGGCCACUCCUCACCAAUUCAACUGUCGAUUCCUCCGUUUGCUCCAAUGUGGAAGUCUGCUUUGAGGAGCCCAGUGCUACGAUAGCAAGCGCUGCCAUCAAUUUGUCCAACACGAUUCUUGGUACAGGCAUGCUGGCCAUGCCUGCUGCUCUGGCUUGCGUUGGCCUCAUUCCAGGCAUGCUACUCAUCCUGUAUGCUGGCGCUACGUCAGGCCUUGGUCUUUACUUUCUAGCAAGGUGUGCAGGAAAAGUAGGGGGCAGACAUGCGUCGUUUUCUUCCCUAUCGAAAUUAACGUGGCCUAAAUUAGGGAUAUUUUUUGACAUGGCCAUUGCAAUCAAAUGCUUUGGAGUGGCCAUUAGUUAUUUAAUUAUUCUAGGUGAUUUAAUGCCUCAGGUUAUUCGCUCAUUUUUCCAUCAUGCAGAGGAGAGUGAAUUGCUCAUGGAUAGACGCUUUUGGAUUACAUUAUUUAUCCUUACGGCUGUGGGGCCACUCAGUUAUCUUCGAAAACUGGACUCGCUCAAGUACACCAGUCUGAUUGCGCUGUUCGCUGUGGCUUACUUGGUCAUCAUCGUGCUGUAUCACUACAUUUCUCCCAACUUUCCGCCUCCACCCCCUGAAGCGAUCGAGUACUUUCAUUUCUCGACAAAGAUCUUUAGUCAAUUACCUGUGUUUAUAUUUGCGUUUACUUGCCAUCAGAAUAUCUUUUCUGUGCAUAACGAGCUGCAAGACAAUAGUGAGAGAUCCAUCAUCAAGGUCAUCUUUUCUUCCAUUGGCUCUGCUGCCUUUAUCUAUGAAGUGGUUGCUGUGCUCGGCUAUCUUAGCUUUGGAAAAGAUGUGCUGGGCAACAUCAUCUUGAUGUAUCCCCAAUCUUACUUCGUCGCCUACGGAAGAUUGGCCAUUGUGAUUCUCGUCAUUUUCAGCUAUCCACUUCAAGCACAUCCCUGCAGAGCUUCCAUUGACAAGAUUAUCGAAUCUUUCCACCACCAGAAGCAAUUGCCUCAGCAACAAGAUGUCGUUAUUGUGAAUCACACCAAGCGACAUCUCAUUGUCACCACAUGCAUCGUUGUUGCGACUUACUUGGUUGCAAUCACUAUAUCUCAGCUGGAUCUCGUAUUGUCAUUUGUGGGAUCCACUGGAUCAACGACCAUCUCAUUCAUUCUUCCCGGCUUCUUCUACCUCAAGCUAUUCAAGGAAGAUGGCUGGCAUUGGAAGCGCUGUGUUGCUUUAUUCUUGGUUGUUUAUGGAUUCAUGGUCAUGUCUAUUUGUUUGACAUUCAACAUCAAGCGGCUAUUAUAA